CUUCUUCCAUGGCCUUAUUUUGACUUGUUUAGGGUUUUCUCUAUUCAUCGUUUAUUUUUGUUUUUUCGUGGUCAAAGAAGAAAGCAAGGACCGGCCCCGGUCAUUUUUUGCAGUGAGACCGUCGGCCAUCGAAGAUCUAAGAGAAACAAUACCAUAUACUUCCAAAGAACCAUUAUUUUGCAGUGUGAUAAACAAGGUAAAAUUUGGCGGUGGGUCAUCAGAAUGAACUUUAUGAAAGAAGAUAAAGGGUAUUGUAAUGAGGAACAUGAGCAAAACGAUGGUGAAGUGAUGAGAGAAACUCCGAGCAACUUCCUGUUUUCUUCUUCCUCUUCUUCUGCAGUUUCCAAGUACAAAGAUUCUGUUCCUCGGCAAUCCCGAAACUUGUGGUCGGGAACCUUGGAUUCCGGAGAAAAUUACAAAGCCCAAGAGCCUGCUAUCAAUUUCGAAGAGAAGCUAGGGUUGAUGGACUUGUCACUUGGCAACUAUAAUGAAUGUCAAUCAGAUGUUGGAAGCUGUAUAGGCGGAAAUAGUAGUAGGUCUACCGAGAAAGAACACAUGUUCGACAAAGUCGUCACACCGAGCGAUGUAGGCAAACUCAACCGCCUCGUUAUACCGAAGCAGCAUGCCGAGAAGUACUUCCCUCUCGACGGUUCAUCAAACGAGAAAGGGCUGAUAUUGAAUUUCGAGGAUCCAAACGGCAAGUCGUGGCGGUUCCGGUACUUGUAUUGGAAUAGUAGCCAGAGUUAUGUGAUGACCAAAGGGUGGAGCCGUUUCGUCAAGGAAAAAAAGCUCAGUGCGGGCGAUAUCGUGUCAUUCCAACGGGGUGUCGGGGAGGCGGGAAAAGGCCAGUUAUACAUUGAAUGGAGCCGCAGGCCUAAUGCACCCGAUCCAGCAACACUCGCACACAUACAGCUCCAACGUCGGUUCAACUUUCCGCAGUCAAUGCGGUGGGGUAGUCUCUACUCGAUGCCGCAAACCAUGAGCGUUUCUCGAAGCUACGAGCCUUUGCAUCGGUUGAACUACAGCAUAUAUCCUUAUAGCCAUUGCCAUCAUCAUCAUCAACAACAACAACAGCUACAGCGUCAGGCAAUUACAUACCGCAAUGUGGGGCAGUAUUAUCCGAGGUCAUCAUCCGGGUCACAUCACCAAAUUGGAACAGCAGUUCAAGGAGGGCCAAUGGUGAUUGAUUCAGUGCCAGUUGUUCAGGGUACUAAAACUGUAGCUAAAAAGCUAAGGUUGUUUGGUGUGAACAUGGAGUGUCCUAGUACUGCUCAAGAUGAAUCUUCCUCGAGUUUUCCUCACGGCACAAUAGAUUCAGAUGAAUCUCCUCAUUUAUCUUCGUCCAACAAUAAUAACAUUUCUCCACUGUCUGAAUAUUCAAAGAAAGGGAAAGCUUCCUUGUACACUGAUUUGGAUCUCUGAUCAUGAAGAGAAAAAUACAGUGAAGGGUUACAUUUUCUCUUCUUUUUGUUUUCAACAUGCACUGGAUUUAAGAAAGAGGGCUGAAUGAUAUUGAAGAUAAGUUCUUAGCAAUCCUUGUUUUAAAGAAAACACCAUUUCUUCUACAUAUUGCUUUAGUACAUUAGUUUGUUCAGGCUUGGGAUCUAUGCAGAGCUUAAAGCUAAAA